ACCAUGCCUAUAACAUAUUUAUUAUUUGUCGUAAUAAAUACCUGAAUUUAGAAUCCGACCAUGGAGGUCUUGACGUCUUUCGGCCAUUUCGUCUUUUUAACACAGGUCUAUUUUACAGUCAGUCAAGAUAUGAUUACAAUUAUACGAAAUCCUGGUGAUGGAGAUCAUUGGACUGAUGUGGAUCAGUUUAAACUUCCUGACUCGAAAUGCAGUAGCAGUAGCAGUAGCACGUACUGCACAAACUGGAAAGCUCUACCUCUCGAUUCACAGCCUUGUCAUUGUGAAUGUUCCGAUUUUAAGAAAGCCACGUUUGGUUUCUACUCUGGAUCCUGGACAUGUCUGGCUAACACUGAAGUCAGAAAACAAACAGGCAAUUGUAAAUACAAGUUCCAAUCUGAGCUAGAUGGCUACCCGAUCAGGAUCUUGGACCAAAGUACACACUACAACGUAAUUCUGCCUUCAAGUGGAUGUUCAGUUGACCAAACGAAAUCUCGAUACUUCAAAUGUGAUGGUAGUUCGGCUGGGAUCGAUUCACAGUCGUUUAGCCAAUGGUUUAGCAUCCAAUACAGAGGACUUUUUUCCCCAAAUGGCCAUACAUACAAUGUUACAAUUGGUACUCGUAUUAGUGCCCACUUGCUGGGCAGGAUAAUAAGUCUGAAUAUAAUUUGUCAACAAGAAAACUCUUGCCUCUUAUUCAAGCUUAAAGGAACAUUUCAGUGUGCAGAAAACGUCAUCUCUAUUACAACAAGUCCAAGUUCUGCAAUACCUAUAACAAACGUUUCUGUUGUAAUACCAGCAACCGCCAAAACAUUAGCUCCAAAUUUUCAGACUACAGCGAAACCAAAUUUCGAUGCGAAAGCAAGUGGAGUUUCGUCGACGGUUGUUAGUGUCGUGGUUACCUUGGCGAUCAUUGUUGUCAUAGUGAUUGUGAUAGUUGCAUACGUGUACCUCAAGCGCAAAAGAGGAGAAUCCGUGUGGCUCGUAGAUUACAUUUCCUCUAGUGUCAGGAAAUUCAGAUCAACACAACCGGCGAAGAAGAAGACGGUGGAUGAAACGGAAAAAGACCCUGUAUAUGCUGAGGUCCUUGAAGAACAACGUAAAAACGAACCUCCAGUUGAUCAGGCGGGAGGUAUGUAUAGCUACGCAUUUGAUGACCCACGGACAGCAUACAUAGCAUCCCAACCAGCUUCAUAUAACAGACUGGUGCACAAUCGAGAAGGGCCUGAUCACGCAGCAUACACAGAACCCCAACCAGCUUCAUAUAGCAGACUGGUGCACAAUCGAGAAGGACCUAAUCAAACAGGAUACACAGAACCAAAACCAGCUUCAUAUAACAGACUGGUGCACAAUCGAGAAGGACCUGAUCAAACAGCACACAUAGAACCCCAACCAGCUUCAUAUAACAGACUGGUGCACAAUCGAGAAGGACCUGAUCAAACAGCAUACACAGAACCCCAACCAGCUUCAUAUAGCAGACUGGUGCACAAUCGAGAAGGACCUGAUCAAACAGGACACACAGAACCCCAACCAGCUUCUUAUAACAGACUGGUGCACAAUCGAGAAGAGCCUGAUCAAACAGGACACACAGAAACCCAACCAGCUUCAUAUAACAGACUGGUGCACAAUCGAGAAGGACCUGAUCAAACAGCAUACACGGAACCCCAACCAGCUUCAUAUAACAGACUGGUGCACAAUCGAGAAGGACCUGAUCAAACCGGAUACACAGAACCCCAACCAGCUUCAUAUAACAGACUGGUGCACAAUCGAGAAGGACAUGAUCAAACAGCAUACACAGAACCCCAACCAGAUUCAUAUAACAGACUGGUGCACAAUCGAGAAGAGCCUGAUCAAACAGCACUGGAACCAGGAUAAAAGGCUAAAGCAAACUAGGAUAAAUGGUUUAUGAAAACCUUUAAAACAAUUUAGAUUUACUGAACUUUGAUUUGUUGGAAUACGAAAUAGUCUCCUCAGCAGUCGUUUUCAAUCCGAUACGAAAAACGGUUGCUGAUGAGUCUUAGUUGAAAAGGAAUAAUUCUUAAAUUCACACACAGACACACACACACACACACACACAGACACACACACACACACACACACACACACACAUAUAUAUAUAUGCAUAGUUCUUGUAAUCAGCCGCAGAACUCUUGCUAUGAGCGCUCUAUAAAUAUUUAGUUAUUAUUAGUUAUUAUUAUUAUAUCAAAUGCUAUUAUAACACCGCAGUACAAACUAGAUUAUCGUACUCGCUACGUGUAUGUAUAUUUGUGCAUUUCUUAUUAAUGGCUGGUUUACUGACUAAACUAGCAACAGAAUCGAAAUCGGAAACAGCUUAUGACGGAAUGAAAAACAAAAAAAAAA